AUGGGAAAUUGCUUAAGUAAUAAGAGCUUAGCACAAGAAGAAGAGGUGCCAAAGGAAGCAGAAGUGGUUGAACAAACAAAGCCGUCUACAGCAUCCAAGUUAGAGCCAGUGAAGCUUGUUGAUGGGGGUCACAAGAAGAAGAAGAAGGUGGUAAGGUUCAAGCUCGAAGAAGAUGAUACUAAUGUCGGUACAAGCAGUGAAGGUGAUUCUAGAAGUGGGGUUGUGAGGAUUAGAGUGGUGGUGACCCAGAAAGAGUUGAAACAAAUUUUGGAUUGUAAGGAAGGCUUAAAGUAUUCUUCUGUGGAGCAAUUGGUAAAUGCAUUGAACUUGAGAGGAAGGAAGAUUUCUGAAGUUAGAACAAGUGAUGAAGAUGAAGGCAUAAAUAGCAAUUGGAGGCCAGCUUUGGAGAGCAUUCCAGAGGACCAUUGA